UUACUUUAACACCUGUGAAAUGCUCACAAAAAUAUCAAGUUUUUUUUUUUUUUUAGUUUAACAUUUUACAAAGUUUGUUGGCCAGACUACGCUGUGUGUAUUAUCAAUGCUAUCAACACUUUACUAUUUGGUUUCAGACUUUGAGACAACGCAGGAGAUGGUUUCUAGUUAAUAUAUAAAAACUUCCGGAUCGGUUUUCAAAGUCCAGACAAGCUAAUUUUCAACUGCUCAGAUGGACUCCACACACUGAAUCUGUCUUCUCUACAGUUGUCUUUAUCAAUGCUAUUACAAAAUGGAAUCACCAAGAAAAUAUUGGUCAGUGCUCAUUCUGCUCGUCUUUUGCUUCGACAUCACCUAUGCUUCUGAAGGACGAUGUCCUGUUGACUGUAAAUGUUCUAAGUCUAGGAUUGAAUGCGUCUCACCUUCAUUCCCAAUACAUAUACCAAAUGACAAGAUAGACUCACUUUUAAUUCGAGGCAAACUCGGAGACAUUCAAAAGGGAGCGAUUGCUUAUCGUGAAAAAGGGUCUAUGCUACAGUUGGAAAUAAAUGUCGACUGCAUCAACGAGAUUAAACCAAUGGCUUUCGCAGGAACAGUGAAGAUCAUCAAGUUUACUGCAAAAAAAGUUUUUAAAAUCAAUCCACAUGCAUUUAGUAAUAUAGACUGUCAAGAUUUUUACAUUCUAGAUUCUAACAUUUCUAUUAUAUCCGGCUUUGCCUUCGGAAACAUCAGUUGUAACAGUCUUAAAGUAUCGAAUUCAAAUAUUUCCGCACUUGAGACCAAUGCGUUUAGUAUCAACCGAAUUGGCAAUGUCGUUUGUGUAUUUAAUACAUUUAACUGUAUUGACAAAAAUGCGUUAGUUCGAAACAAGGAUUUUGAAAUGAUAGGAAAUACGAUAUAUCAGUUUCUUGAACAGGACACUAUGCCUGAAACAUUCAGAAAUAACAAACUAACUUGUGAUUGUUCUCUAAAAUGGUUUUUUACAAAAAACUAUUUGACUGCGCCGAAUAAUACUUGCUCAUUACCACUGAAGUAUAAAGGGAAAUCCUUACGAUCGGAAAUGUUUAAUUCGUGUAAUACAGCUACAGAAUCGGUUACAGAAUGCUCAAAACCAAACAACUCUAACAUACUAAGAUGGAAUAUGUUAAUCAGUUCUGCCCUUCUUGUAAUAACACUCAUUGUUUUUAGCUAACAUUCAUAAUACAUGUUAAACUAUCGAUAAUAUUUUAAUAGUUAUUCACAUGAGAUAAGAAGAAAGGUAUAUUUAGCAACUAUGCUGGUGUGUUUAUACCCCUGUAGCUUAGCGGUUCGGCAAGAGACCGAUGGUAUAAGUACCACACAUUAAAAUUCUUGAAGGUGAUGUCCCGGCAUGGUCGCGGUCUAAUGACUGAAACAAUUAAAAGAUAAAAGAUAUAUAAUAAUAAUAAUAAUAAUAAUAAUAAUAAUAAUAAUAAUAAUAAUAAUAAUAAUAAUAAUAAUCCUUUCUAUUAUAGGCAUAAGGGCCUGAAAUUUUGGGGGAGGAGGCCAGUCGAUUAGAUCGACCCCAGUACGCAGCUGGUACUUAACUAAUCGACCUCGAAAGGAUGAAAGGCAAUGUCGAUCUCGACGGAGUUUGAACUCAGAACGAAGUGACGGGCGAAAUACCGCUAAGCAUUUCGUCCAACGUGCUAACAAUUCUGCCAGCUCGCCGCCUUCAUAUAAUAUUAAUAAUAAUAAUAAUAAUAAUAAUAAUAAUAAUAAUAAUAAUAAAUUCUUGUUUUAGCCACAAGGGCUCACAUACAAAACAUUAAUUGACGCACAACAACAUGAAAGAUAAAAACAGGACGAUACAAUGGGUUUUGCCGCGUGUACACAAUGUAAUAACAAUAAAAAUUGAACAAAUUAAAAUUCCCAAUAGGGAAGGCGCUUUAAGAUCCUGAUAGAAAAACCCACAAAAGCCACGGGUGCCUAAACAACAGCGCAAGAGCCUUUCUCCUUCUUUUUUGCAGGUGCGGGCUCAGAAUUGGCCCUUUCACACUGGCCACUCUUCCAGCAUUCACCCAUCUUUCAGCAAACUUGCUACAAGGCAACACUUUCCUCUCCAUCCUCAACUUCCUUUUCAAGUGAAACUCGAAAAAGAUGAUGAGGGCUUGGCCCAAAUGCGGGACAAAGAGGGGAGGCGCAGAAAAAAAAAUAAUAAUGAUCUUUUAGCAUCAGCUUUAAUUCCAUAUAGUGUUUGGCUUUUAAGGGAGACGAUAUACGAGGUGUAUUCUAGACGUUUCAGACUUUUGUAUGAGAGACGAUUAUUAGUUUCAAAGAAAUACAAAACACUAAUCUCCUUCAAAGUAGGAUCCUCUGACUUCAAUGCACUUGUAGCUAUCCAGCCAUUUCGUGAAGGUCCCAAAAUGAAGGUGUCCAGGACUCUUGUCACAACUCCCAUCUUCUUAAUGUCUUCUAAAAGACUGCCGCUGAGGUUUUUCACCUGGAGGAUCGACCAAAAAGUAUCAGAGAGCAAUGUCCGGACUGUCAGGUGAGUGAGGGACUGUACUGAGGUCUUUCUCUGAUAAGUAGUUGGUUACCAGAAUGCUCAUCACUGAACACUCUGAGAACAAAUUUUGCGUAUCUUCAGAUCUUCAUGAAUAAUUCUGUGUACAGUUUACUCUUUUACUUGUUUCAGUCAUUUGACUGCGGCCAUGCUGGAGCACCGCCCUUAGUCGAAUCAAAUCGACACCAGGACUUAUUCUUUGUAAGCCUAGUACUUAUUCUAUCGGUCUCUUUUUGCCGAACCGCUAAAUUACGGGGACGUAAACACACCAGCAUCGGUUGUCAAGCGAUGGUGGGGAGUCAAACACAGACACACAAACAUAUAUAUAUAUUUACAUAUAUACGACGGGCUUCUUUCAGUUUCCGUCUACCAAAUCCACUCACAAGGCUUUGGUCGGCCCGAAGCUAUAAUAGAAGACACUUGCCCAAGGUGCCACGCAGUGGGACUGAACCCGGAACCAUGUGGUUGGUAAGCAAGCUACUUACCACACAACCACUCCUGUGCCUAUUACCACACAGCCACACACAAACUCCAAACUAAAUGCUCGUUAUUUUUAUAGGCACACGACAGUCUUCAUCCAGAGUAUUGCGAAUUUUCUUGGCCAGUUCUGACGUUCUAACGUCCCUCUCCCAUCCACAGUUCUCAUCGUCUCUCACUUCUCUACUGUUCUUGAAAAUCUUGUGCCAGCGAAAAUGUUAAUCUAUAAGCAAUCUGAAGUAAUUUAUAGGGGUCUCUGGCGUUUUUACCCCGUUUAACACAAUACUUUAUUGCAUAGAGAGCUUUCCACUGUCCCGACUGUCUUCUGCAAAUUAGUCGGCUAUGACAAGCAAUGUUUAGCAGAGUGUGUUUCAAACAUGAAAAACAAUCUUCUGCAUCAAUAAUUGUUCCUGAAAGUUGUUUUUUAUUCCUUCUACGGACUGUUCGAAUCUUACUAUCUUCUUGCAUCUCGAUCCUUGGAUCUUAGCUUUCCUUAUUAUAUAUUCUUUAAUUCUUUUAUUCUUUUGUUCUUUUACUUGUAUCAGACAUUUGACUGCGGCGAUACCAGAGGGUUUGUUUAGUCGACUAAAUCGGACCUCGGCCUUAUUUUUAAGAUGAGUACAUAUUCUGUCGGUCUCUUUACCGAACUACUAAGUUACGGGGACGUAAACACACAAACACCGGUUGUGAAACGGUGAUGGAGGUACAAACACAAAUACACAGGCACACCCCACAGACACAGAUACACACACACACAUACAUACAUACAUACAUACAUACAUACAUACACACAUACACACAUACAUACAUACACACAUACAUACAUACAUACAUGAUUGACCGCUAAAUCCACAAGUUUUCUUUUAUUCUCUCUCUUUUUAUAUCAUCGUGUUUCUUUCUGUUGAAGAAUGAAGGCUCGAAACCUAAAAGACUUUCUCACCUUCCCGAGUGUCAAACUAAUACACCUGCUUGUUGUUUAUA